AUGGCCCGAGUGUCUCCUCUGCUCGUCUGUGUCUGCGUUGUGUUUGUGUCGUGCGGCGCAGCAGAGAGGCAGUACUUUCCUCAGAACGCAAAUGAGACCUGGACUGAUGCGAGAAGUCACUGCAGGAGUUGUUUCAAAGAGCUUGUGACUGUGACUCCUGAGAACACCCAGAUCAUCGCCCGGAACCUUUCCUCUGACCACUGGGUCGGCCUCCGUAAACGAGCCGUGGCGUUCCCUGGCUCCGCCCCCUUCAAGGACACCCCCUUCUGGUCUCUCUGGGCCAACGGUGACCCCCUGACCUUUCAGAACUGGUACCCGGGAUACCCUCGGGCCAAACCCUCUGUGCCCGUAGUGGACUGCAGCACCUGCUCCUGUACCUGCCCCGCCUCGCCUGCCCCGCCCCCUAUGACCUCCACCACGCAGAAACUCAGAAGAGCGCCAACUACUACUACUUUUACAAAUACUAUGGCCUUUAACGCGAGUGACCACGCUACGCCCGCUCAAAGUACUUCAACUACAGCCACAAGUACUAGUGCAGGGACAGAUUACUCCACUCCAGGUACUGACGGUGUACGACAAAUCAUAGGUGUAACUCACAGCUCCACCUCCUCAGCCCCACCCUCAGAGUCGGUGUGUGUGAACAGAUUCGGGUCAUACUCAGGGGCCGCGCCUGAACCGGACGAGCCGUACCUGGAGGACCCGUGUGUGGCCGUGCGGAGCUUCGGAGCCUGGGUCGAAAAAGACUGUGAGGAGCGUCUGAGGUUCAUCUGUUAUGAAGAUCGUUUCUAUGGAGAAGUAAAUGUGACGGACAUUAAAGCGGACAGAGCGACCCUCACGUGGGCGCGUGGGCCGGGGCAGAUCGAUGGGUACCGUGUGGAGGUCAAUAACACAUACAGAGAUAACGUUAGCGAUCUCACUGUUGUCGUCGACCGUCUGUCUGCGGGGACCCUCUACUCAAUCAAAGUGUUUCCACGGAAAUGUGAACGAGACCUGAACCCGCAGAACGCCACCUUCUACACAGUGCCCAAUAAAGUGUCAGACCUCAAGGUGACGGAGGUGACGGAAACAUGUGUGUAUCUGAACUGGAGCGCCCCCGCAGGUCAGGUGGACCUCUACUUAAUCACAGGAGCGAGUCAAGAAACCAACGUGACAAACACCCAAGGACACGUCUGUAAUUUAACCUCUGGGAAUUUGUACACGUUCAGCGUCCAAUCAGGAGUCAGCGACAGGUCCCAGUGGAGCGAGAAACUCGACAUCUCUGCGUAUACAAAGCCUGCCAAGGUGUCUAACCUGCGCACGGAGGACAUCACGGACACGAAGCUGACUCUGAAAUGGGACAAACCUGAGGGACAGGCCACGGGCUACUUCAUCGUUUGGUCUUAUUAUAAAGGGGGGACGGUGUCACAGAACAAGGCCGUAACGGAUACUACGCUCCAGAUCCAUGACCUCCCCAGCGGCACCAAGAUCACUCUGAACGUGGCGGCGCUGGCCAAUCAAACUUUGAAAGGAGCGAGUCAGACGGUGUUCAACUUCACCUCGCCAAAGAAAAUUUCAAACCUGACGCUCAGGAGCACGGCAGACGCCAUCAACGCCACGUGGGAGUACCCCGCAGGGUCCCCCAACUUCACCGUCGUCCUGGAGCUAGAAAAUAAAGAGCGGGAAAAACGAGAAUACAUCCACAAACCCGCCGUGCUGUUUGAGAAUCUGAACGGAGCCGCCAACUACACCGUGAAGGUCUCCAGUGUGAGCGGAGGGACGCCCAGCGAAGAGGUCAGCGCGUCCAUCUUCACCCUGCCAGUUCCCCCACGUGAUCCUAAACUCGCUGAACACAACCGAACGCACCUCACCUUCACCUGGCUGCCGCCGCCGCGGACCGAGAGGGUGGGGUAUGUGGUGAAGCUCAACUCGAGCUUCUGGGGCUUUCACGAGGAGGUGGUUUUGGACAAUGAAACCACGCACACUUUUGGCGGUUUGAAAUCGGGGACCAACUUCACGUUUGAGGUGCAGACGACGGCCGGCAACGUCAGCCACCGGAGCGAGGUCAGGUCCAUCAGAGCGUCCACAGAUCCCGUCCUGAAGGAGCUGACCCUGGCCACGGUUUGCUCGAGCAGUCAGGACAUGCUCUGUAACGCCAACGAGACACGACAGAGCGCGUUCGAGGAGCUCCUGUCGCACUUUAAAUCUCUGCUGGGCGACCACGUUGUCUGGAGUCUGAAACCUGCCAACUUAACAGCCGGAAACACAUAA